UCAUGAUAAAAAAAAAAAUAAAACCAUAUAACAUCACAUUGUGGUAUCUACCUCAUAGUCGCUAAUUAAUGACUGAUUAAUACGUGUUAACUGAUAAUAUUUUGAUUUACUCCCCUUAUUUUAUUGUCUUUCGUACCUAGUUUAAGUUUUAAUAGUGAAUUUUAAAAGACGCUGUUAAUAUGAUUACCACACGCAUUUUGAUUUUCACAAUUGUAUUUGCUUCCUCAGUCAAUUUUAUACCCUGUUCAGUUCUGAAUGGCAGUGAAUUGAAACCAAGUAUAAAGCAAUUUGCUGUCGUAGAUGAUAAACCAGCAGAUCAUACAGUGGUCGAAGAAGAAUUGAAUAAACAAGAUUUAGUGAAAACAUCAGUUCCAGCAAAAAUUCGUCAUGUGGUGUCUCAAUCCAUUGGUUUAUUUUUCUGGCCCCUCAAAAAAUCGUGGAAAGUAAUCAAGCAAAUUAUACCUUUACCUCAAAAUAUCAUUCCAAAACAAACGCCAACUCGUAAUGAGAUGACCAUUCAAUGAAUAACGACAUAGAUACGUGAUUCAAAAUAAUAAUUGUUGCAGUUUUAGUUAUUAUACAACUGUAUUAGAAUCAAUUUUGUUUAUUAAAAAAAAAUAUAUUUAUAAAUAUUAUUUUUUUUUGUGAUUAUCAAUUUCUCACUUCAUUACAAUAAAUCACAUAGAAUAUAUAGA